GCUGCGGCGGCGGCUGCGGCCGCGGCUGCUGCGGCGGCGGCGGUGGUGGCGGCGGUGGGGUGGCGGGAGCGGAGCGGCAUGGCCACGGCGGCUUCUAACCCGUACCUCCCCGGGAACAGCCUCCUGUCGGCCGGCUCCAUAGUGCACUCGGACGCCUCGGGCGGUGGGGGCGGCGGCGGAGGCGGGGGCGGAGGCGGGGGCGGCGGCGGAGGCAUGCAACCCGGGAGCGCCGCCGUGACCUCGGGCGGCUACCGGGGGGACCCGUCCUCCGUCAAGAUGGUCCAGAGCGACUUCAUGCAAGGGGCCAUGGCCGCCAGCAACGGCGGCCAUAUGCUGAGCCACGCUCACCAGUGGGUCACGGCCCUGCCCCACGCCGCCGCCGCCGCCGCCGCCGCCGCCGCCGCCGCCGUGGAAGCGGGCUCGCCCUGGUCCAGCAGCGCGGUGGGCAUGGCCGGCAGCCCCCAGCAGCCGCCACCGCCGCCGCCGCCGCCGCCCCCGCAGGGCCCCGACGUGAAAGGCGGCGCCGGGAGAGACGACCUGCACUCGGGCACCGCGCUGCACCACCGGGGGCCGCCCCACCUCGGGCCCCCGCCGCCGCCGCCCCCCCACCAGGGCCACCCCGGCGGCUGGGGCGCCGCCGCCGCCGCCGCCGCUGCCGCCGCUGCCGCCGCCGCCGCCGCACACCUCCCGUCCAUGGCCGGAGGCCAGCAGCCACCACCGCAGUCUCUGCUCUACUCGCAGCCGGGGGGCUUCACGGUGAACGGGAUGCUAAGCGCCCCCCCGGGACCCGGAGGGGGCGGUGGGGGAGGCGGCGGCGGCCAAAGCCUGGUGCACCCGGGGCUGGUGCGCGGGGACACGCCGGAGCUGAGCGAGCACCACCACCACCACCACCACCACCCGCACCCGCCGCACCCGUCGCACCCACACCACCCGCAGGGACCCCCUCACCACGGCGGGGGCGGAGGCGGCGGGGGAGGCCCGGGACUGAACAGCCACGAUCCCCACUCGGACGAGGACACGCCGACCUCGGACGACCUGGAGCAGUUCGCCAAGCAGUUCAAACAGCGGCGGAUCAAGUUGGGAUUCACGCAGGCAGACGUGGGGCUGGCCUUGGGCACCCUGUACGGGAACGUGUUCUCGCAGACCACCAUCUGCCGCUUCGAGGCCCUGCAGCUGAGCUUCAAAAAUAUGUGCAAGCUGAAGCCGCUGCUGAACAAGUGGCUGGAGGAGGCCGAUUCGUCCACCGGCAGCCCCACCAGCAUCGACAAGAUCGCCGCCCAGGGCAGAAAGAGGAAGAAGCGGACCUCCAUAGAGGUGAGCGUCAAGGGGGCCCUGGAGAGCCACUUCCUCAAGUGCCCCAAGCCCUCGGCGCAGGAGAUCACCAACCUGGCCGACAGCCUCCAGCUGGAGAAGGAGGUGGUGAGGGUCUGGUUCUGCAACCGGCGGCAGAAAGAGAAGCGGAUGACACCCCCGGGGAUCCAGCAGCAGACUCCCGACGAUGUCUACUCGCAGGUCGGCAACGUGAACGCGGACACGCCGCCCCCACACCACGGACUGCAGACUAGCGUGCAGUGAAGAUGGAGAAAAAAGAGAGAGACGGAGAGCAAAAGAGGGAGGCACCAGCCACCGCAGCCGCCGCCGUCGCCUCCGCAGCUGCCGCCAGCCACCGCCAGCCGCCACCACCACCACCGCCAGCUACCGCUGCCGCCGCCGCCGCCGCCGCCACGACAAAAUCAGCAGCAACAACAACAAGAGGGGAGAAAACAUCCAUCCCCCUCUCGCCCCCCACCUCCUCCACCCCUCCAUACCUACAUACGUGCACACACUUUUGUAAAAAGGAAAGAAAAAAAAAAGACAAGAGGACGGAGGAGAAAAACAUCAAAAUCAAAGAAAAUGGGGGCAAAGAAAACAAGAAGCUUAAUAAUUAUCCAGACUGUUUAGACUGGUUUACACACACACAUAUAUAUAUAUAUACAUAUAUAAAUAAUGAAAAAACGUUUGGAGAAAAAAAGGGGGAAAGAUCAAAGCGAUCGCGUUUAUAUACUGUGGUGGUUUUUCUUUUUUUAAUGGGGGGUGGAGAUGCAUACUGCACCAGAACUACAGAUGUGGGGUUUCCCCCUAAAUUAUCCCCUGUUGAAGCGGUGGACAAGACAGCACCCACCUCGACACCUCUCCUCUCCUCUUAAAAAAAAUUGCCCCCCUCCCUAACUUACCCUCCCUCCAAAGGGCUGUCUAAUGUGAUUCACGGAAACUUUUUCUUUCUUUCAUGGGAACAGUCCAGAAAGGAAGAAGUAAAGGCAUCUGGUUUGAUCGGAGGGUGCCUACCUGCAUUCCAAGACCCUGGACUUUUUUUUUCUUUUUCUUUUUUUUUUUCUUUUUUCUUUCUUUCUCUCUCUCUCUUUUUUUUUUUUUGGCCAUAUUCACAUAAUUCUGGGGCAAGCAGACAUCUACUCUGAAAUGAAAAAUAUCAAUUCACUUCAGAAAAGGAAAUAUGCACACAGCACUAAAAUAAGCAGACUGAAUAACCGAAGUUAAAAAAAAAAAAGAAAAAUACCCUUAAAGUUGAUCCCAAAAGAAAAGGACGGGUGGGGGAGGGGAGAGGGACAAACACCGGAGGGGGGUGGGGGGGAGGAGAGACUCCCAGUCCGUGAAAGUUCGAGGUUCUAGGAGGACUUUGCAUGAAUCAAGGGCAACAGCAAGAGAGAAAUGGGAAAUAAAGUCAAGCCUGUCAGAAUCCUGGUUUUGACGGCUGCCACUCAACGUGGAAGAUUCAAAAAAUCCACCGCUAAUAUUUUUUUUAUUAAUAUUUUUAUUUUUUAUUUCUGGACUGAUUCAGAUAAAGGGAUUUAGAAAGACUGAGUAUCUGCAGCUGCACUUAUCUGAACUUCUCUCCUAAAUCCGUUGCCAACUUUGAUUGAAUGGGUGCUGUGGAUGUGAUUAUAUAAUACUGCCAUUUCCAAGCAGUGUUUUUGGUAGGUUUUAAUAAACAGACUUUUCAAAAGACGGCAAUAUAGAAUUGUUAGAUCCGUUGUUGAUCUAAAAAUAUUUGCUUUAUAUUUUCAUUAAAUGACUUCUUUUAAUAUUUUAUUCAGAAUACCUAUGAACUGCUGCAAAACGGUAAUUUAUUUUUCCCCAGAUCUUGUAUUACGUGUUUUUUUCAGACGAGCACAAAUCAAAAAUGAAAUGAAAAAUAUGGACAGUUGUUAGGUAAUAAGGGUAUCUUUUGAUGUGAUAAUUUGAUUGUAAUUUAAUUUGAGUAGUGAUUCCGUAAGAGCUGAUUGAGAAAAUAAAUUUGUUAGAAUGAAAUAGUCUGUGUCUGAUGCGUAAACACUGUGUCGAAAAAAAAAGUAUUCUUAAAGUAUUUUUAGACAAUGCAAAUCCUUAAGUGAUAGAAAUAAUGAACUAUAACCUAAACCACUUAAGGUUUUUUGUUUGUUUGUUUGUUUUGGAAAAGCAAAAGAAAAGGCUUAUUCAUGCUCUUAGCGUUUUAGGGUAGCAUUCACUCCUAAUAAAUUCAUGAGCUUCCUAAUAUUCCUCUCCCUAAUUUCAAUGAGCUUUUUUAAAAAAUGGGAUAGUGGAAUACUCUAGCUAGUAAAUAAUCCUCUACUUGGAGAUACCUGUAUUCUUUUCAUCUAAGACUACAGUGCCUCAAUAAAUGUACCAAGUGAUCAUUAACGGUUCAUACAAAAUGCUCCAAAAAGUUUAGCCUUUCCUCUCUUCUUCCUAUUCCCUGCUUUCUGUAUUUCUGUGUGUCUGACCUCUUUAAUCAAAAUUAAAAAUAGUGGAGAAUAGUUUUUUAAGCCUAUAAAUGAUUUUAUACAAUGUAAUAUCUGAAUGAUAAUUGCAUUUAUCUUUAUAAUUUUAAUGUAUUUUGAUGGAAUAAUAUACUCCCAAAAUUCUAGUUACAGUCUGUGUAAUUGUUGUCUCAGGCUCUUGGUACUCAGUGUUAAGUACUCCAAUGUUUUCUUCAUCCUCAGUAAUUUCUAUAUCUUCGUAAUACAAUGGGGUAUAUUAGUUUGUCAGAGAUGCCUUUAGAUACAGCAGAAAGGGUUGUCAUACUUAUCAACUGAAUUUAUUAAUAUUUACAGAUGUGUGAAAAUGAAAGCUUUCAAUAGUUAAGGUUGUAAAGAACUAGAUAAGUAAAAGUAUCAACAGACUUCAUUAGUGUACUUUUCAAAAAUACUUUCUAUGUGAUAUAAAUCUUAAGUAUUCUAUAGACUGAUUUUCCACCCCCCUCACUUGGUCUCUGUCACUCCCUUUAUCCCUCCCCCAUCUUCUCUUCUCUUUCUUCUCUCUCUCUCUUUCUCUCUCUCUCCCUCUCUCUCCCUCUCUCCCUCUUCCUCUCUCCCCCCCUCUGAGCCCCCCCUCUUCCCUCCCUCCCUCUCCUUCUUCCCCCUCUCUCUGACUGAAACUGGGGUUAAAGACUGGGAAAAUUGUUAAAGAAACAAGAAAGAGUUGUUCCUUUUGGAUAGGUCUGGUGUCACUUUCAUAAAUCAAGGCCAACCUGAUAACUCUGUAUUAGGAGGCUUUAUUUUUAAAUACCAUCUUUGGCUAAAAAAUCACAAUCAUUUGGGUUUGUGAAAUUUGAGAAAGACCAUAACCUAAAAGAAAAAGGGAAGGGUAUCAAAUGAAAGAACCAUAAUUUUUAUUGUUUUUAUCUUUUGUUUUUUGUUCAAUAAUAGAUGUUCAGCAAUUUUAUAACCUGGAAGGGGAUGGGAAUAAAGGGAAGGAGGGAGGGGGAGAAGGACUUCAUCAGUUUUACCGUCUUCAGGGGAUUCAAAGAAUGGCCGUCUAAUUUGGAGGCAGAGGGUUGGAUGGGUUUGUGUUUAUGUGGUGGAUACUAUUAACACGUGAGGUGGAAUCCUGUUUUUCACACAGGAAGGGUAGUGGCUGAUUAGACAAGGAACAGGUCUAUUUAAAUUUCUUAGAGGUAUUUGGUUACUGGAUUUGGAUGACAACAAAGGCUAACAUUAGGUUUCACACUGUUUUCUAUUAAAAGGCAACCUUUGCCGGUUUCUGUGGAAGAAAAGCUGAUUUUAGAGUAGCAGAAUAACCUUUAGUUUGAAAGGCUGGCAAAAAUGUGCCCAUUUGUGUAAUUAUUUUGCAUAGUCGGUAAGGUGAUUUUGUCCCCUAAUAAUAAUAACAUGGUUAUUAUUAAACAAUCCUUUGAAUGUAUUUGGAAACUUCAGGGUUGCAAGCACAUGGAUAAUAAAGUGAUGGAUAGCUAUAAUGGAGAGGUUUAUGCUAAGGGUUAUAUUGUUACACAUGUAAAUAUGAAAAUAUUGUUAUAUAUCACCAGAUCUUUUAAUGAAUUUGAGCAUUGUGUUCAUUUACACCACCAGUGUUUCUUGUGCUUAGCAAAUGAGUCUCCAUUUUUUCCUCCAUUUUUGUCCCCCCCCCACCCUCUUUCCCUACCUAGCCUAAAGGAAAGCCAAAUGUUUAACAAAGUUAUAUUUAAUCAGUCUGGGUAAUCCCAAGAUAUGAUUAUUUAGUUUACAGUUUCUUGUUCCUAAGCCCUCAGUCCUCUCACUGACCCUCCCAUCCUUUCUCUACAAGUCUCUAUGAGGAAUCAUUUCAAAGUGUAUUUAGAAUAGUCACCUCACUGUUGUUGAUCUACCUUUUUUUGUUUUGUUUUGUUUUUUAGAAUUUAGCACAGAUCUACUUUGUUUCCAAAUACAACCAUUCUUAAUUGACCUUUAGAGCUUCCUUAUGCUUUCCUGUAGUAUCUGGUGUUUGCACAUGGCAAUGUUCAUGACUUGUUCUGUAUGAAUGGUUUAAAUGGAACGUUCAGAGAAUAAUUGGUUCUAAUAUGAAAUGCAGUAUAUACUAUUGAUAGUUUUAUCAGUAAGUGUAAUAUUUUAAAUAAUUUUAACAAUUAAAUUUGUUUUUUAAAUUAUAUAUUUGUAAAAUAUUUAUCCUGUUGAAAACAACAAUAUAUUGUUGUAUUUAUUCGUUUUAUUUUUGUAAUAAAUGAUCAACCUCUUCAAGUUAAAGCAAAAAUGACACUUUUAUAUACUUGUGCAUAAAUACAUUUUAAGAGAUGGAUAUACUUUCACCAAUUUGUAUGGAAAACGGAGUGAGAUCCAUCAAUAGAUUGCAUUUUUCAGAAUUAAAUUGUAGGAGAGAAACAUUCUCUCCACAUGGAGUUUAGUUUGUCCAAGUUCUAGGGUAAUUAAUCAAACUCUAAAAUGAAUGCAACAAGUAUUGGCACUGGAUAUAGAGUUGAAAUUAAUUAUUUAGGACCCAGACCUUUCCCCCACCCCCACCCCGCAAGGCAAGAAGAUAGAAAUUCUUAGGGAAUUCUUUUAUUUUGUGGGAUACAUGUGGCUGGCUAGAAAGACGAAAACAGAUGCAAUGUACCGGUGAAAACCCCAAUUAUUUUCUAUUUCAUUUGGAAAUACUCGGCUGUAUUCAAUCUUGGAGAGAGGACAGAGAAAUGAGAGAGUUGAGGGGUUGGGGUAUCUAUGAACCCUUCAAAGCAAAAUGUCUGGGGGCUCGCUUUUGAUAUUUUCAAAGGGGGAGGGUAAAGCAGAACAAAACAAAAAAUUAAGGGCAUUCCAGAUGGAUACGGAAGAGCAGAAUUCCUUUCUUCCCAUCCAGUUAUUGGCAAAAUAAGCAAACAAUAAAGAGGGAUGAGAGGCUGAUUGGAUAAAAAUGGUUGUUUCGUCUUGAUAACCUAGCUCUAACUUUGUGCUUGUGGGACACUUGUUUAUCCCAGCUCCUUAGAACUACUGUUACCUACCCUUCAUCUGUAGGUCACUCACGUGACGUCGUGACUGCUAGUGCUGCACCGAAGCUUGACCUUGACUUCCAUAAGGAAAUCAGUGGCUCACUGUUUUACUCUUUAACCUGCUUUGCCCCAGAGAAGGAAAGACAGGGGGAAGUUGGAAGACUUGGAGGGAGGAAAAGAGAGUUGGUGGGGAGAGAUAGUGGGACGGGAACUAUUUAAUCAAAUACUUUGGUUUUAUUAGAUCAGAUCAUGACCUAUUAAUUAGAUUAUUCUUUUUCAUUCUUGGUUUAACAUCCGUGCUUGUUCCUGUAUCUUAAAAUAUGAGUGUGAAUGUGGAAAGCAUGGACCUAUGAUGUAACUCUAUUUCAGCUUCAGGGGACUGGUCUUCUGGCAGACUGAGUGACUUGAUUUCUUUUAUGAGUCCGGUUUUCCUAAAGGAAAAAUCAACUCUGGAAAUGACCUCAGAUGGGUCUGUGAGCACAGUUAAGAGACCAUGCUAAUAGGAAAAUAGUGGGUGAGUCGGUGUGCCUGGUCUUUUUGUUUAUUUGUUCAGAAAUUGGGUGGGGGAAGGACUUGAAGAGUAAGGAUAUGGAGUGUAUCCAUCUAAAGAAGUUUAGGGAUGCAGUUGAUUUCAGGUGUGGGGGUAUGAUUCGGGUAUAAAUAGGAGACACUUUAAUGAACA